GUCGUUUUUAAAUUGUACGUUACCUAGUUUGGUGACCUCGUCCAAAGACCCUACUUCCAGUGAAUCAAGAUUUGACGGACGUCAUACACAGUUGCAGCUGUAAAGGAUGACUGAGAUCAAGGUUGAUGAUGAUGGCGGGGACACUAUGACAUGCAUUCUGCACAAUGACCACAUUUUUCCUGUUUUCAACACAAGGGCAAUCACCGGGCUGACAUCUGUCAAAAUACGAGAAGAUGACGUGCUGAUACUUGGAUACCCGAAAUCAGGGAACCAUUGGCUGUGGGAGCUGACCCGCCAGGUGUUACGUGGACGUGUGGUUGAAGAUGAUGUCGUAAUGAAUGAAAUGAUGAUGGAGUGUGCGCCGGAGGAGAAGUAUGCGGACUUACCUUCCCCGAGGAUCCUGGCUUCCAAUGCCCCUCUGUCCAAACUGUCUCCUGCUAUUAUCCAAAAGAAGCCGAAAAUGAUCACCAUAUACCGGAACCCGAAAGACGUGAUGGCCUCGUAUUACCCGUUCAUGACUAAGCUGCCUUUCAUGAAGUACACAGGGAAGUGGGAGAACUUCGUGAAGCCGUGUGCUCUAGGGAAAUUUUGUCAUGGCUCUUGGAUUGACCAUGUGUUAUCGUGGGAGAAGGUGAAGAAAACCUAUCCAGAAUGGCCUAUUUUGACAGUGUUUUAUGAAGAUUUAAAAGAGGAUCCCGUGGAACAGUUGAGGAGGUUGUGCAGCUUUCUAGAUGUCAAAAGGAGUGAUGAGUUCCUGGAGGAGGUAGUCAACAUCUGCAGCUUUAGCAAGAUGAAAGAUAUCAAGUCUCACAGUGCGGUGUUCAGAAAAGGUGAAGUGGGUGACUGGAAGAACUGCUUCACUGUGGCCCAGAGUGAGUGGUUUGAUCAGCUCUACCAGGAGAAGAUGUCCGACUGUCCGCUCCAGUUCAGAUACACACUGUAGCUUCACAGAGAAUCAUCCGUAGCCGUGUCUCCUUUCUCCAAACCUCUUCUAGUGGUACAGCAAUCAUAUGCAUCUUAUAAUGAUCAUGAGCAUCCAUCUAGGCAAUCGGGAUACGGCGCCAUGCAUCCACCAAGUCAGCAAGCCUGACCGCCCGAUCCUGUUAGUCUUCUCAACAUUACGUCAAGCAUGGGUUGGGGAAGUAUAAUAUUACCAUUUCCAUCUGUUGAUGCAAAUGACAGCUAAGAAUAUCAUGACAUUAAGUUUGAGAUGAGCUUAUUUUUUCAAAGAUAGAAUACGAACGUGAUAUUGAAGUUUUUCUCCUCAAAUGCGAAUACUAUGAAACGUGCAGAACAAACCGAAUUGUUGUACAAUAUUAUUACAAAAUUACAAUUCAGUUACCCAAGUGGAUAUUAUGUUCGACACAUCCUAAUGUUAAACUCUGAUGAUAUGAUCCCUAUAUACCGGAAUGCAAUGGAUGUGAUAGCUUCAUAUUAUCCUAAUCAUGCGGAGCAAGCCGAACUUCUGCACCAUGCCGAAUACAGUUAAGUUUGGCACAUCUUAAUAAACACUGUUUCCUUUGA